AUGAAAAAACUUCUCACCAAAUGCAACGGCAACUGGUCGGAGUUCCGCCAACGUCUUCUGGAAUGGCGAAACGUUCCAAGGUCCGACGGCUUCAGCCCUUCGCAAAUGCUAUUCGGCCGUAGACAACGCAGCCAACUACCGGCCAUACCCGCCUGCCACGCCCCCAUCGACCUCCUGGAAGGAGCAGCAGCAAAAAGAAACGCGGCUGAAAAGGGAAAGACAAACGCUGACAAAACAACGCGAAAGCUUAAACAGUUACACGUGAACGACGAAGUCUGGAUCCAAGAUCACAAAACCGGAAAAUGGAGAGAACGAGGCACCAUCACGUCCAUCAGGAAAGAUGGCCACUCCUACGUUAUCGUCUUACCCAACGGCUGGCGCUCCAUACGCAAUCGACGUUUUCUUCGUUUAUAUCGCGACCGUCCCCGAGCCAACAACGAAGAAGAACGCGCCCGCCAAAUCGAAACGGAACCAUCCGGGUCUCUCCAACUCAAGCGAACGAACGUCGCCCGACCGGAAAAAGUCUCAGC